AGAGGCUCUGCCAUGUGACGGUCGGGUGUUUUGAUGUUUUGAUGUUUUGCUAACAGGUAGCCACCUUCUUGUUCCCAAACCAGCUGAACCUGCAGGACACAGGUCUGCUCUGGCGGAGACAUGAACGGGAGCACGAACCCGCUGCUGGACAAAGAGGAGCAUGUGUUGAAGCUGGGAGAGAGCUUUGAGAAGAGGCCAAAGUCUUCCUUUCACACAAUCAGAUAUGACUUCAAACCGGCGUCUAUCGACACAAGCUGCGAGGGAGAGCUGCAAGUCGGGAAAGGAGAUGAAGUUACCAUCACGUUACCUCACAUUCCGGGCUCCACGCCUCCCAUGACGGUGUUCAAAGGAAACAAGCGGCCGUACCAGAAGGACUGCGUGCUCAUCAUUAACCACGACACCGGGGAGUUUGUGCUGGAGAAGCUGAGCAGCAGCAUCCAAGUCAAGAAAACCAGGGCGGAGGGCAGCAGUAAGAUCCAGGCCCGGAUCGAGCAGCAGUCGGUUCGGUCCGCUCCGCCCAGCUCUCAGUUCCGGGCCCCCACCAAACCCGCCGGGGCCAAGACCUCCCCGUCUCCUUCUAAAGACAAUCCAUCGCCGGAGCCGCAGCUCGACGACAUCAAGAGAGAGCUGCGGGCGGAGGUGGAGGUGAUCGAGCAGAUGAGCAGCAGCGGCUCCAGCAGCUCCUCGGAGUCGGGCAGCGCCUCGGGGAGCGGAGACGACAGCAGCAGCGACGGCGAGCACGACGCCCCCCGACCGCUGAGCCAGGCAUCACCCAACCGGCAACCGGCGUUCAACGGAGGAGCCGAGCGGCAGCCGGGAAACAACCAGCUCAUGAACACGCUCCGAAACGACCUUCAGCUCAGCGAGUCGGGCAGCGACAGCGACGACGACUAAACUCUGCUGGUCAGUCUCUCUCCCCCGCCUCC